AUGGCGGUAUCUCUCUUUUCAUCGAGUACCAUCCAUAGUGUGGAUGAUUUCCGCUCAGUUUUUACUCCAAACAGAAGUGACCGAUUAUUGCUUUGUUACGAGGCUGUAGGCGAUAAUGUGAAGACGGAAGAGUUAUCGGUAUUUGAAAACACUGUGCGAGCGGCUGCGGAGGCGCAUGGCACUAAAUUGCAGUUGCACUUUUGGGAAUGCAGCAGUAACGCGUUUACGGCAGCGAAGCAACAACUGGGAAAAGAGCGGGGGACGCCACUCUUGGCAGUUGUAUACAGAGAAACAAUCGCUGACACAUUUAGACAAUCCCUUUCAAGCAUGAUGGAUGAGAUGCCACGGCUUUGCGAACGCCUGUCAUCGUACCAACGUGGAGGUAAAGUUGCAGUGCUUUCCUCUUCUUCCUCUUCUUCGCUUUCUCCCGCAUCUACUACUAAUACUACUACUACUAACUCUGCAACUGCAGUGGAGAGCGAUGCACGCUUAAUGGUGGAUGUUUCCAAACUCGUUGGAAUGGGUAAACGACUAAUGGCGGAGGGGAAAGCGGAAUACGCGGGUAAGUUCUUCCAGCGCGCCGUCGACGCACUAGAUGCGGUUUUGCCGCACUGCAAUGGAGACAAUAACGUGAAUGGUAGUCUCGCAUUGUGCCUUGCAUGGACCGCGUUAGCACAAAUCGUACAAGGUAGAAGUGCAGAGGCAUAUAUGCAGCGACUGGAAACACAGUACGUAGAUUACUGCAUGGAGAUUGGCAGCGAUGCGGCGCGUGUGCGGUCGACAUAUCGACUCAUAUCUGCCAUGCCGUUUACGUGGCGUAGUGAUACUUGUAGUGAGCGGCGACUACGGGAAAUACUUGUGGCCGACCCGCACAGUCAUAAUCAUCGCUGUGCACUAGUGGUGACACUAUUUUUAGCUGGUGAUAUUGAACGUUGCCUGACAGAGGCAGUGAAGUUGCGUGUACUUAAUAUUCCAUUUGGAACUACAGCAAUUGCUGCGGUUGCAGACUUUAUGGGUCGUGAUCACCCGUUGCUGCUUCAGUGCAGCAGGUCUGAAGAUGAACAAGCAGUAGGAAAGCCGUAG